GUGUCUAUAAAAGAACUCCGGGGUUUAAAAAAUUAAUAUUUUUAAAACUAUAAAAGAUAGCAACAUUUGAUCAAUUCCUUUGAAACAAGCAGCUCAAAGAGUUUUACUCAUACCAAUUGGGAAUGUUUCUCUCAACAGUUGGCAGCACUGCGGAGCGUUGACCUUGAAAUGACGUAGCGGCUGCGGCAGGCAGUCAGUGUCGUCUGGACUGCCGCGCUAUGGCGACCCCUCAACAAAAGGCUCAGUGUGUUAUUUAGCUCAUAGAAACUAAUUCUGUUGUUACUGUACAAAGAAACUUUCGACGUAGCUAUGGUGUUGACCCGCCUACAGACAAAACAAUUCGUCAGUGGUUAAGUGCGUUCAAGGAAACAGGAAGUGUUUUGAAGCAAAAGUCGCCGGGUAGGCCGCGUGUGUCUCAAGAGAAUGUAGACAGAAUCCGAGCUUCAUGCACUCGAAGCCCUAAGAAAUCGGUAACAAGACGCAGUCUGGAAUUGGGGUUACCAAGAUCAACAGUCCAUAAGGUAAUUCAUAAAAGACUUCGUUUAACUGCCUAUAAGAUUCAACUUUUACACCAUAUCAAACCGGCAGACAAGGUUAAGAGAUUCGACUUUUCUGUUUCCAUGCUGGCUAAAAUUGAUGAAGAUAAUGAUUUUUUUUAAAGUGUGGUUUUUAGUGAUGAAGCUACUUUUUAUGUGAACGGAACUGUAAACAGACAUAAUUGCAGAAUUUGGGGUUCACAGCCGCCCCAUGAGUUUAUUGAGUACGAACGUGAAACGCCCAAAGUGAAUGUUUGGUGUGCUCUUAUGCAUGACAGAGUCAUAGGCCCCUUCAUUUUUGCCGAAAGGAAUAUCAAUGGUGAUGUCUAUUGUGACAUGUUAGAGGAGUAUGUUUAUCCUCAGUUGGAUGACAUUGAGGCGGAGAAAGGUUUAGUUUACUUCCAACAAGAUGGGGCGCCGCCACACUUCAGUUUGCGUGUGCGUGAGUCACUGGACGCUCGUUUCGGUAACAGGUGGAUUGGAAGGGAAGGACCUAUUCCAUGGCCACCAAGGAGCCCUGAUAUGACUCCGUUGGACUUUUUCUUCUGGGGGCAUAUCAAGAAUCUUGUUUAUGCGGAGAAAAUUCGAAAUGUUCGCCAUCUCAGGGAACGAAUAGUGAAUUGCGUGGCGUCCGUUCCCCCAGACAUGCUCGCCAGGACAUGGGAAGAGGUAGAAUACCAUUUCGACGUGUGCCAUGCCACUAACGGAGCUCACUUUGAACUUUACUAAGUUGUUAAAAAAUCUUGAAAAUGUAAGCUUUCUAAUCAUGUAUAAAACAUGUAUGUACGUUUUUUACUUUAUUAAAAUAUUUUGUCUUAAAACCCCGGAGUUCUUUUAUAGACACCCCGUAUACUAACAGUUAGUCUAAGACAACCCUGCCACUACAGAAAAUGCACAUUGUCACCUCUAGGAUUAAACACUAACUACAGUGCUGUAUUGCGUAAAAGUAACAAAAAAUUAAAAACUGUGCGAAAGUAAUGUGUAGUGUCAUCUUGUGUAGCAGCUUUGAUCUGUGAAGGAAACAGGAUUUUUCCGGACA